AUGAACGGGACCGAACGGGUUGGGGGGGGAAUUGCCAGAACAGGGUCGCUUUUGGCGAGAGAAGCUGAUUGGGGUCCAAAUUGCCGUAACGACCAAACGGGCACCAUGAACCAUGGGCCAUCACGGGGAUGGAACGUCAUUGACCAAUCAGGAAAACGAGAUGCGACGUCGGCGGUGGUUUGCCUGCAAGGGCCCCCGGCGGCCUAA